AAACGUAAAACAGUUGAGGACUUUAUAUCUGAAAAUGUCUUUCUCCAUGAAAGGUCGAAGCUUACGUGGCAACAACAACGGAGGAGGAGGAGGGACGGGGACGAAGUGCGGGAGAUGGAAUCCCACGGUGGAGCAGUUGAAGAUAUUGACUGAUCUGUUUCGAGCUGGUCUUAGAACUCCGACCACUGAUCAGAUUCAGAAGAUCUCUACGGAGCUCAGUUUCUACGGCAAGAUCGAGAGCAAGAACGUUUUCUAUUGGUUCCAGAAUCAUAAGGCUAGGGAGAGGCAGAAACGUCAUGUUUUUGAAAUAAGCGAAGAAGAUUGUCAAGAGGAAGAGAAAGUGAUAGAGACAUUACAACUCUUUCCGGUGAAUUCAUUUGAAGACUCUAACUCCAAGGUGGAGAAACUGAGAGCUAGAAGCAAUAACCAGUACCGUGAAUAUAUUCGAGAGAGCAACAACACAACGUCGUUUUCUCCAUAUUCAUCAUGUGGAGCUGAGAUGGAACAUCCACCGCCUUCUCAAGAGAAUUUGAUUCACCGAACAAUGGAUGUUAUAAAGACGCAGCAAAUAUCGGCAAGGACGAUAGAGAAAGUGAUCGUUCACCCACUUGUCUUGCUUAGUAUCGUCGACCAUUACAAUCGUGUAGCCAAGGACACACGCAAGCGCGUCGUCGGCGUUUUGCUCGGAAAUAGCUCUCGUGGUACUGUCGACGUCACCAACAGCUACGCAGUGCCUUUUGAGGAGGAUGACAAAGACACAAGCAUCUGGUUUCUUGAUCACAACUACCACGAGUCGAUGUUUCACAUGUUCAAGAGGAUUAAUGCUAAGGAGCAUAUUGUGGGUUGGUACAGCACAGGUCCUAAACUUCGAGAGAAUGAUUUGGAUGUUCACGCUUUAUUUAAUGGCUACGUUCCAAAUCCAGUGUUGGUCAUUAUUGAUGUCCAACCUAAAGAACUUGGAAUCCCUACAAAAGCAUACUAUGCAGUUGAGGAGGUGAAGGAGAAUGCUACCCAGAAAAGCCAGCAGGUGUUUAUACACGUGCCUACAGAAAUUGCGGCUCACGAAGUUGAGGAAAUUGGUGUGGAACAUUUGCUCAGGGACGUAAAAGACACAACCAUCAGUACCUUGGCAACUGAGGUCACGGCGAAACUUACUGCUCUGAAGGGAUUGGAUGCACGACUUCGGGAGAUCAGGAGUUACCUUGACCUUGUCAUCGAAGGAAAACUCCCAUUAAACCAUGAAAUCUUGUACCAUCUUCAGGACGUAUUUAACUUGCUUCCUAACUUGAACGUCAACGAGUUGGUUAAGGCCUUUGCAGUGAAAACAAAUGACAUGAUGCUCGUAAUCUACCUAUCGUCGCUUAUCCGAAGUGUAAUCGCCCUCCACAAUCUGAUCAACAACAAGUUAUUGAACAAGGAACAUGAAAAAGCAGAGGACUCAAAGCCUGUUGCCAUACCUGCAAUCACUGGGAGUUAAAUGCAGCCAAAUUUCGAGCUUUGUGGAGAUUUUCUAAUUGGAUGUUACUGUCAUUUCCUGCAUGUCAAGAGGGUCUGUUGGGGAACAAAACGGGUUUGGUCUC